AUGGACUUAACAAUCAAAUGCUCCAACUGCAGCCGCGAUGUCGAGAUCUCGGCCAUGGGAGAGCAUGUUUGCGAUCCACUAGACGAAGCACCACCGUCGCAACCACAGGCCGUCAAGCAAUCGAGACCAGAACCUAUAGACCCAGUAGUCGCCAACCAGCCAUUUUUAUCCCCUGAAUAUGGGACUCCUCCAGGUGGCCAGGGAAGCCAACCUGUCACGCCGCGAUUCUCGCCUUUGCGCAGCAACCCGCCUCCGCUAUCAACCGGUCCUUCUUCUCCAGAGUUCUCAAGUGACGAUAGUAGUCUAUUCAUGAGUGAUCAUUCUACGAGCACCAGUCCUCAUCCAGUCAGCUCAAUUCGAGCUGCCCUCAGCCCAACAACAGUCACACCUUCUCCGCUUCGCUCAACAAUACUCUCUCAAGCACCUACAGUCAAUAGUGACAGUGCCGUGACCGAUGUAUCGGAUACCAACCUCAGCCGCUCCCCAUCCUUGGAGAGCAAGAGCACAUACAGGACAUCAGUGUCAAGCAGACGCUACCGAGACUCGGGCUCGACGUCUGUCUCUGCCAAAUCACCCCGGAGACCGUCCCUGAGCAGCGCACGUAGUCCGAGAACCAUGCCUAUUGAAAUUCCUCCGGUCCCCGCGGGUCCAUUGGCGGGUUCAGCACUCUCCACCAGCCCGCGAAAGUCGAGAAGAGCCGGCUAUAGUGGCUUCGAUUUUGGCUUGACCGACGAGAUGCAAGAAGAGCUACAAAAAUUGGGUGAAAAUCUGGCUUCUUCGGCUGAGAUACAUCAACUGACCCGGGCGCAAACUUUGCCCACGCUGAAUGAAGCAAAUAACUUGGAUGUCAUUGACAACGCCUUGACGAAGUGGCCCUCGCAGCCAUCGCCCACCGUUCCUGGUCGCCCUUAUAUACCUAAUCCAUCGGCAACCCAGACACCGCAGGAAGUUGCUGGAGAAGGCAAAGGCGUUGCGAAUGAGUCCAACUAUGUUAGAGGUUUAGGGCUUGAUAGCAAUGUGUACCAUACCACGGGAGCGUCAACCUCGUCAAAUGAGUCUUCUCCUUCUGACAUGGGAAGUGGCAGCUCGCUAUCUAGCCCUCCAUCUGAAGACGACCGGAAACCCGCCGACUUGAGCCAGAUUGAUUCGAUGCUACACGAUCUCGAAUUAGACCAGGUCCGCGUUCAUGAGAUCAAGCCCCCAACUGAUGUCAAGCCUCCAAAAACGGAACAAACAAGUCCGGUAGAAGAAAAGCCAUCUUCUCCAAAAUCCCCUUUGCGGAAAAAGACGUCUCGGGAACUGAUGGGGGAGGGAAUCGUGCGGCCGACCACUGCAGGAGGGCAGAAAAAACGCUGCCGGGGCUGCGGACAAGGCAUUACCGGCAAAUCUGUUUCCUCGGCCGAUGGCCGAUUGACUGGCAGAUACCACAAGGGCUGUUUUGUUUGCUUCACUUGUGGGUCUGCCUUUGAAACCGCCGACUUUUACGUUCUGGAUGAUCACCCUUAUUGCGCACAACAUUACCACGAACACAACGGCUCGGUUUGUGGCACUUGCAAACAAGGUGUCGAGGGCCAGUACUUAGAAAGCCAGGGACCAGCAGGUCGGCAGAAAUUCCACCCACACUGCUUGACCUGCCGCACGUGUCGUGUUGUUCUACGUGGCGAUUAUUUUGAGUGGAAUGGCUCUGUUUAUUGUGAGCGUGACGCUCGACGGGCGGCCGCAGUGUCAGCACCGCCUCCGGGGAGAAGACGGCCAAUGAUGCCUUCGUCACCUUUGGCUGGCCCUCCUGGAUAUCCGCCGGGCCCUCCACCUCCUGGUUUCAGAGGACCGCCUCGUCGGGGUGGUCCUUUAGGGCCUCCAGGGCCUCGAGGUCCCCCAGGCCCGCCAGGACGGGGCAUGGGCCGACCACCACCUCCACCAAGUCAGGGAGGAUUAGCUCCUCCCAGCGGUGCUCGACGCUUCCCUGAAAGAAGAACCACGAAGUUGAUGAUG